AUGCGUAGCAACAGGAUGCGUACAGGCCUCGGCUUUGUGGCUACGCUCUUGGCCCGAGGGCUUGUCGCUGGCGAGAACUGCUGCAACCAGACCGUUUCUCGGGACGUCGUUGUCGUUGGCGGUGGUGCGUCUGGUGCUCAUGCCGCCGUUUGGUUGCGCGAUCAUGGCCACAGUGUAAUCGUUGUGGAAAAGGCCAGCCAACUCCUCAAGGGUGGUCACACGGCCUUCUACCAUGAUCCUGUCACGAACAAGUCAAUCAACGUCGGCGUUCAGGCGUGGAUGGAAUACAAGGACACUUUUGACUUUCCAAAGCGCAUGAACGUAUCGACAAGCGGGUCUAUGCAAUUCACCACUCUCAACUACAAUUAUGUCGAUUUCAAGACAGGACAACCGGUCAAAGACUGGGUGGCUCCCGCGUCUGAUGCCAUGUACCCAGCCCUACAGAGAUAUUUGAAUGUUCUCGAGAAGUACGAGAACAUCACUCUUCCCGGUUUCGGGAACUUCCCCGAGGCAGGGUCCAUCCCGGAGGACCUGAUCAUGCCGUUCGGUGACUUCGUCGAGAAGUACGACAUUGCAGCCGCCGUCCCCCAGAUAUGGGAUUCCACCGCAAUGGGCCUCGGCGACACCAUGGACGUACCCACCAUCUUCGUGACGCAGGCAUCCGGAGUCCCGAUGGUUCGCGCUCUGCUAGGCACUGCCGCGGCAGCCACGCCUGCCUCGGGACGUCUGUAUGAGUUGUACGAGAGCGUUGCCAAGUUCCUGGGCGAUGACGUCCUCUACUCAAGCACCGUUGAUUCGACCACCCAACGCGACGAUGAGGGAGUUGCGCUGAAAGUGCAAGGUGCGGACGGCAAAUUGACCUGCAUCGACGCCAAGCGCCUUCUUGUUGCCUUUGAGCCCACCACCGAAAGCCUGGCACCGUUCGAGACGGAUGAUACGGAGGAACAAGUCUUUGACAAGUUCGGUUUUGCUACCGUCUACGCUGGAAUCCUCCGCCAUCCGUCACUGCAGAUCAGCGCUGCCUACUCGAACAGGUCGCCCGCCCCUGGUUCCAGCAACUACACCGUCUUCCCACUGGCGUCGCAAAGUGCCCUUCAGGGCCAUCGCUCGACUUGGUAUACGGGUGCUGCUUUCUCUGCGGGUUUCUCGACUGUCUUGUGGGAGCACAAUAACGUGUUGUUGCCUAGAAUGGUCAAUGGCAUCUAG